CAUCAAUGCAUACUAAACGUCUAUGGUUGCUAAACUUUAACUGGUCCUAAGUCCUAAGAUUAAUCGUAAGUUAGAAAGAGUUUUGUUAAAAUUGCAGAUGGUCAGAGUAGGGAAGUUACUAAAUUUCUUAUUUGUACUUUGAUCUUUCAUUAGAUAAGCCGACGUAUGAAAUCAACACGGUAUUGUUAGUUGCACUUAUCAUUGUUGGGUUGGUUGUCAUAAUUGUUCUUCCGAUUUUAAUUAUUGUGUGCGUCAAGUUGAGGAAAGCACAGAAAGAUCCUCAAAGAAACCGCGGGGAACAGGACCCCCGUGAUAUUGUGAGUGUACCCGCCAACGAUCCGUCUGUUGAAGCGGGAGGAAUAACUAAUCCAGCCGAAUCACCGAUCGAACUACACCCAAUGACACAGCCUGUUAUCUCAGGAGGAAUGUCUAACCCAGCCCAACCACCAAUCGAUAUACAUAUGACAGAAGAAGAAGUUAAAUAUGAGAACGCCGGUCUUCCAACUUGGGCAGUCAAGUGGUCCAUUUUGUGGACGAACGUGAUCUUGGAAGAAACAGUACUCGGUAGAGGCAACUUCGGAGAGGUUCGUCUUGGUGGCAUUAAGAUGGGUGGCAACAGAGUUACUAAAGCUGCAAUCAAAAUGCUCAUAGCUGGCGCAUCAGAGAAAAGCACUGCUGACUUUUGGAAGGAGUUCAAAUUGAUGACAGUAAUCGGACCCCACCCCAAUGUCAUCGGUCUUUUGGGUGCUUGUAUAAACGCAGGAAAUCUCUACGUUGCGUUGGAGUACCUUCCUGGAAAUAAUCUCCACAAACAUCUUCUGGAAAAUGGCCCAAACCAGCAGCAAAGGAAACCUCUUACUAUCAUGCAAAAGUUGAAAUUUAGUGUGGAAAUUGCAAAAGGAAUGCAGCAUCUCUCUGAAGCAGGGAUAAUUCACCGUGAUUUGGCAGCUAGGAACAUACUUCUCGGAGAGGAGUUAGUCGCCAAGGUUUCUGAUUUUGGAUUGUCUCGCAGAGAACAUAUCUAUGUCCAAGUAUCGGAGGCGGCGAUUCCGAUUCGCUGGUUGUCCAUAGAAUCCCUGACGAGUCAGCUGUAUGUUUCCCAAAGUGACGUAUGGUCUUUUGGAAUCUUACUCUGGGAGAUUAUGACUUUCGGUGGGGUGCCCUACCAAUGUAUCCAUACGACCGGAGAACUGAUAAACAAGCUAAUGGGCGGAUACAGGAUGCCUCAACCUGAAGCCUGUCCGGACAAGAUUUACGAUCUGAUGUUGAAGUGUUGGAAUCGAGCACCAAACCUUCGCCCAAGUUUUAAAGUAAUCACCGAAGAACUGGACAAAAUAAGAGUCGCCCUUCAACCGCAUAUUUACGAGAACUCAGUUCUCUCCUAGAAUUUUUGCGCCACCGAACCGUAGUUUGAAGAUGACUUGAUACCUACACUGGGUAACUACACUGUCUGAUGUUAUACCAAUAAUGAAUAAGUGUCAACUAAGCCGCUUAGUGUUGAAAGAAAAUUUAAGUAAAGUGGAAUGAUUUGCCGAAGGAGUUUGUAUGGGGUGAAGGCGGCCAGGUUUUUCUAAGUUUGGUUUAAAACUCUCUGUUUCUGAAUUUCGAUAGUCAAAAAGUAUAAUAGGAAUUUACCUUAAUAUUACGCUAGCCUUUAUAUUGAACAAAAAUAAUUCGGGAUUGGAUAUUUUGGUAUAGUUGCCGGAAAACAUUUGUUUUGUUUGCACUUUGUUUAAGUGUUCAAGCAAUAAUUAAAUGUUGGUGUUUUGUUAAGGUGUUAAUUUGGGGGAUAUUUGUUGUUAUUUUAAAAAGGUUUAUUCUGCUGUGUAACCCGUUCUCAAACAAAAAUAUGUUGCUAAAGUGUUAUCACCUUAAAAAUGUGCUUGCAUUAUUAGACUUAAAAUGCGCUGGGGAAAAUCUAUCAAUAUGAUGAUGUCAAUCGGUGUAAAAUAAAAGUAUUUUAAAGUUUAUUGUUUCUAUAACCUUUUAAACUCCUCAAGUCCUGAACUACGUCGACGGCGGUUUGCGGAAGGACUUGCAAAGUCUACCCGUACCACGGACCUUCUCCCACCAACUAUAGAUAUUAGAGUCAUUAUUGCAGUGAGUCAUUAUUGCAGUGAGUCAUUAUUGCAGUGAGUCAUUAUUGCAGUGAGUCUGCGCAGUGCCAAUAAUAGCCUAUCAUCCAGCUGGGUUCCAGGACCGCUCGUGUCAGAAACAGUACUGAUCCGUAUUUUGUUAACUUACUAAAUAGGUAGUUGCUUCCGUUUGUGAGUUUUGUUGGUGGUUUAUUUAUGUCUCUUUGAUGUAGCUUCCAAUAGCGAUAUAUAUUUUUUAAAUGUAAACUGUAUAUUUUUAUAUGAAAAAUAUUUUUGUAUGU